AGUUCAUUCUGACACAUGUAAAUUAAGGCUUAUUCUCAAUACAACAAUGUUUUCCUUGGUAUAUGUUUUUAUUGGUGAUGCGAAUAAAAAUUGAUGUUAACAAACAUCAGAUUAGUGAGGUUCAAUUUUUUAUUUAUAUAUAUAAUUACAUAUAUAACUUGGAGAACGAUUUCCAAAUUGAUAGUUUUUGUCUAUUGAUUGAUACGACUACAAUGUAUAAAGUCAAUAACGGUAUACUGCAAAUUGUAUGAAUAAAAAUGAAUACGAAAUUCUAUAUGGCGUUGUUGUUAUCUGUUUUACUGGGUAUAACCCUUUUUUGUCCCUUCUGCUACUCGUUUGUGUUAUUUGGACUAUUCCUAGUAAUUAGUAUACUUCUUGGAAUAUUAACAGCAUUUUGGUUAAAUGUAACAUUAUCACUACCUCAUAAAACUACUGUAGGGGCAGAACACUAUUUAAAGCAAGCCGAACAUUUUAGAAAUACCAUUCUUAAAGAUUAUGAGUCGUCUAUAGCUUCCAAGAGUAUUUGUCCACAAUUACCUCAAAUAUUUGGUAAAACAGUUGAUAGUUUACUCCAGCAGCUUUUAGAUUUUGUUUUGAGAGACUAUAUUUUGAUUUACAUUAAAGAUUAUGCUUAUGAAACAGAUGCUUUGGAAAAUAAUAUCAAAGAUGAUUUAUGGGGAGCUAUCAAUAAUUUACAUGAAAAACUGGUGUCAGUGGACGAAACCAAAUUGAUUGCAAGUGAUAUUGUAAUGAAAAUUACAGUGCAUUUUGAAAAAAUAAGGGAAGCUAAGGCUCUCGUAGAAGAUUCUGAUCAUCCACCAGUGUUCCAAUUGUCACCACAUGUAAUGUCAUCUGAGAAAGAAAUAGAAUAUUUACGCACAGUUAGUGAAUUACUAAUUAUGUUUCUUUUGCCAAGAGCUUAUUCUCUUUCUCCUACAAAGUAUCUUGUGCGAGAAAUAUUAUGUUGCAAAGUGUUUAAACCAUUAAUUGAUACAAUAACAGAUCCUGAUUUCUUCAACAGAAAUAUUAUAAGUUAUAUUGAAACUACACAAAUGCAAGUAAAUCUACCCAAGAAAGUUUUGGAAAAUGCAAAUGACUUUGAAGAUUUAAUUGAUAAAAUUGACGACGUGCAAGUUUUGAGAUCCAUUCGAUAUAAUAUUGUAACCAAAUUGAUGCAAGCUACAACUUUACAAAAUUUGAAUAGAGCUAAAGGGGUAGAUCUUGAUAAUGAUAAAAAUAUAUUGUCAUCAGCUGGUAUACAUAAAUCUGAUAUAAAUGCUGCUAAAAAACUCAAAAAACACAUUAAUCAACUAACCUCAGCGAAAAAACAGUGCGAGAAAAAAUUAAUAACUCUAGGAUGGGAUUCUGGGUAUCAGUAUGGAGAAGAGAUGAAGAAGGUUCUUUCUCUUCAAAUGAUUUUGGAUCAUGUUCUUGGAAGAAAAUAUUUGUCUCAGUUUCUACAAACUGCCGCCAGUCAUGAUUUAAUAAGAUUUUGGUCAGCAGUAGAAGAACUUAGAUCAUCUCAGAAGACGAACUGGCAUCAAAUUGGUGCUGAAAUAUUUUAUACUUUCAUAAGGAAUCCAACUUCUGAAAUCAAAGUCGACAAGAAUACUAAAAAACGCAUGGAAGCUUUUUUGUUGGGUGACAAGGGUCCAGAGGUAUUUUAUGAAGUUCAACAUCAAGUAGUUCAAAUAAUAGAAGACAAAUAUUAUCAACCGUUUUUAAUUAGUGAUUAUUAUAAAGAAAUGGUGAUUGCUAUUGAUAAUGAAGAAAAUAUAUCAGAUGAGAGCGGUGUAGUUGAGGAACGACAAACAUCAACAGACUCCACUGAUAAUGUGGAAAAUAGUUUGAACGUUGGGGACCAUUCUAAUUAUGCUAGAAGAAAAUUGGACCAAUUGGAAGAGAAACUGAAUAACAAAACUCAGGCUUUGGCUGCGUUGAGAACAUCAAUGAGACCAGAAUCAAAAGUGUUGAAUAAAUUGGAGAAAGAAGUGGAAUGGUUGGAAGGCGAAAAAAGACAGUUGGAGGCACAUAUUACAAGAACAGAAAUUUGGGCUGACAAUUUAGGCAGGUGGAGAGCUUUUGUACAAUCUGCAGAGGUGUCUGAUGAAAAAGAACCUCCUCAGUUCGUAUUAGUAGUACAAAUGUCUGAGGAUGAAUCGCCUGACGGCGAAGAAACCAUUUGCACUGGUUGGGUGGUUUGUAGAAACUUGACGCAGUUUCAGGAGUUACAUAAAAAAUUACGUCCUUUAUGUUCAGAUGUACGUAACUUGGAUUUACCCACUAACACUUUUAAAUUUCUAUUUGGAAAAAGUGACAAAUUAACGUUGGAAAAGGCCAAACAACAAAUACAGAAAUAUCUAGAUUUUGUGUUAAAAGAUGAUAGGCUAAAUCAAAGCGAGGCCAUUUAUGCAUUUUUAAGUCCAAGUUCAGAAAAUUUAAAACAGUCCACUCCGAAUCGUAAAAAAUCCAGAUUUUCAUUUUCUACAUUAUUUAAAAGCGGAAGUGAACAAAGUGGUAAAGAAUCUUAUUCAGUGCUCAAAGAAAGUGAAGAAGAUGACAUAUCCCAAUGCUUGGACUCUUCUAUAGAUUUCGUUGAUUUCACUAAAAGUAACGGUGGCGCUCUAAAAAUAUCCGACGACACAAUAGCAGAACCCUUAUAUGCUCUAUUUAGUGAAAUCUUCGAUAUGCGGGGAGUUUUUAAAUAUGUUAGAAAAACUUUAAUUGGUUUCGUUCAAGUUACAUAUGGUCGUAAUAUCAAUAGACAGAUCUAUGACACUAUUUCUUGGUGGUUUUCCGAAGAAAUGCUUCACUACUAUUUAACAGUAGUACUGAAAAACUUCUGGCCUGGUGGAACAUUGGCUGAAAUGGCGCCAAUGAGAUCCAAAGAAGAAAAAUUGCAAACAGCUUUGAAAGCACAAGAAAUGUUCGUUAACAAUGUCCCUGAACUUCUUACUACUUUAGUAGGUAGUAAUGCAGGACGACUGGGAGCUAAAAAGGUCUUUGAUGCUUUUCAGGAAAAGAAUAUGAACAAACACUUGGUUUAUGAAAUUAUUGAGGCUGCUUUAGAUGCUACAUUCCCGGAGUUAUGCUAAUUAUAAUAUUUAUAAUUUAUUAUAUAACUUUCAUAUCGCUAAUAUGUCUAGUCACAUUUUUUCCUGUAUUGUGAUAUUAAAUUAGUAUACAAUAUUUAUAUCAAGUAUUUGUUAUUUUACUAUUCAUUAUAUUUUGUUUUAAUUAGAUUAUAUUUUCGAUGGGUUU